UCAGGGGAGCACAGUGACAGGAGCACAGGUCACGUGACGUCAAAUCAGGCUUAUCAGGCAGUAAUCACUGACUUCUUAUCAUACCAGUCUCCGUCAGCCGUACAGUUCUGACCUCAAUGUUUCCACGCUUUCAUGAUCACAUGCACCAUACCCAGUAGCACACUUCAUACCCUCUCACCCAUCUGGGAGGCCUGACAUAGCCUGGGCAGUGGAAAGACUCAUCACCCAGGACACCAUUGGACACCCCGCCCUUCAGAGAUGACCGGUACCCAGCUCCUAAACUACCCUACCACAGACUCUCCCUUCAGCUCUCCCAGCUCCCACUCUAUUCAGCUCCAUUCAGCUGCCAUGACAUCCCCAGUCCCCCCUCUUUCCCGGGCCGCCUCGGUCCCAUCGCCGCAGCUCCCUCCGGCCCUGUGGCCCCCGCUGGACUUUGCCUUGGGUGCGCUGUCGUGCUGCGGGGCCUGUGUGUUCACUAACCCCCUGGAGGUGGUGAAGACGCGACUGCAGCUGCAGGGAGAGCUGCGGGCGCGGGGGACCUACCAGCGGCACUACCGCGGGGUGGUCCAGGCCCUAUGGGUGGUGGGUAGGACAGACGGGCUCCGCGGGCUGCAGAAGGGGCUCUCGGCUGGGCUGAUGUACCAGGGUUUGAUGAACGGUGUGAGGCUGGGCUUCUACUCCUACUGUGAUGCUGUGGGGGUCACUGCAGCCCCUGGAGGGAGUCUGAUGUCAGGAGCCAUGGCCGGGGCUCUGGGGGCCUUCAUCGCCUCUCCUGCCUAUCUGGUGAGUAGCAUGUUUGUUUUGUUGUUUCUCUCGUAGUCAAUAGCUUUUUGUACGUUUUUGUACGAUUUUGUACGUUUGCCCACUGACAAAGACGUGAUCAGUCUAUAAUUUUAAUGGUAGGUUUAUUUGAACAGUGAGAGACAGAAUAACAACAAACAAAUCCAGAAAAACGCAUGUCAAAAAUGUUAUAAAUUGAUUUGCAUUUUAAUGAGGGAAAUAAGUAUUUGACCCCUUUUCAAAACAUGACUUAGUACUUGGUGGCAAAACCCUUGUUGGCAAUCACAGAGGUCAGACGUUUCUUGUAGUUGGCCACCAGGUUUGCACACAUCUCAGGAGGGAUUUUGUCCUACUCCUCUUUGCAGAUCUUCUCCAAGUCAUUAAGGUUUCGAGCCUGACAUUUGGCAACUCAAACCUUCAGCUCCCUCCACAGAUUUUCUAUGGGAUUAAGGUCUGGAGACUGGCUAGGCCACUCCAGGACCUUAAUGUGCUUCUUCUUGAGCCACUCCUUUGUUGGCUUGGCCGUGUGUUUUGGGUCAUUGUCAUGCUGGAAUAUCCUUCCACAACCCAUUUUCAUAGCCCUGGCUGAGGGAAGGAGGUUCUCACCCAAGAUUUGACGGUACAUGGCGCCGUCCAUCGUCCCUUUGAUGCAGUGAAGUUGUCCUGUCCCCUUAGCAGAAAAACACCCCCAAAGCGUAAUGUUUCCACCUCCAUGUUUGAUGGUGGGGAUGGUGUUCUUGGGGUCAUAGGCAGCAUUCCUCCUCCUCCAAACACGGCGAGUUGAGUUGAUGCCAAAGAGCUCGAUUUUGGUCUCAUCUGACCACAACACUUUCACCCAGUUCUCCUCUGAAUCAUUCAGAUGUUCAUUGGCAAACUUCAGACGGGCCUGUAUAUGUGCUUUCUUGAGCAGGGGUACCUUGCGGGUGCUGCAGGAUUUCAGUCCUUCACGGCGUAGUGUGUUACCAAUUGUUUUCUUGGUGACUAUGGUCCCAGCUGCCUUGAGAUCAUUGAAAAGAUCCUCCCGUGUAGUUCUGGGCUGAUUCCUCAGCGUUCUCAUGAUCAUUGCAACUCCACAAGGUGAGAUCUUGCAUGGAGCCCCAGGCCGAGGGAGUUUGACAGUUAUUUUGUGUUUCUUCCAUUUGCGAAUAAUCGCACCAACUGUUGUCACCUUCUCACCAAGCUGCUUGGCGAUGGUCUUGUAGCCCAUUCCAGCCUUGUGUAGGUCUACAAUCUUGUCCCUGACAUCCUUGGAGAGCUCUUUGGUCUUGGCCAUGGUGGAGAGUUUGGAAUCUGAUUGAUUGAUUGCUUCUGUGGACAGGUGUCUUUAAUACAGGUAACAAACUGAGAUUAGGAGCACUCCCUUUAAGAGUGUGCUCCUAAUCUCAGCUCGUUACCUGUAUAAAAGACACCUGGGAGCCAGAAAUCUUUCUGAUUGAGAGGGGGUCAAAUACUUAUUUCCCUUAUUAAAAUGCAAAUCAAUUUAUAACAUUUUUGACAUGCGUUUUUCUGGAUUUUUUUGUUAUUCUGUCUCUCACUGUUCAAAUAAACCUACCAUUAAAAUCAUAGACUGAUCAUUUCUUUGUCAGUGGGCAAACGUAUAAAAUCAGCAGGGGAUCAAAUACUUUUUUCCCUCACUGUAUGUAAGGUACUUGGGGUUAUAAUGUACAUACAUAACAUAUAUAGCAUCUACAGUAUUUACAGUGUGACGUCCCGCCCGCUCUGUCUGCUGGGAUCUCCUGUUUGGUAGUCUGCUUGUUGCUGGAGGCCAGUGGGCAGAGCUGGGAGGAUUGUCAACUGAUAUGGCGCACCUGGGCAGGUUUGGCCUGCAGGCUAUAAAGGCAACUGGCAUGCUGGCCACCUUCAGGCCUCUCUUCCCUGACUGGCAUGCUGGCCACCUUCAGGCCUCUCUUCCCUGACUGGCAUGCUGGCCACCUUCAGGCCUCUCUUCCCUGACUGGCAUGCUGGCCACCUUCAGGCCUCUCUUCCCUGACUGGCAUGCUGGCCACCUUCAGGCCUCUCUUCCCUGACUGGCAUGCUGGCCACCUUCAGGCCUCUCUUCCCUGACUGGCAUGCUGGCCACCUUCAGGCCUCUCUUCCCUGACUGGCAUGCUGGCCACCUUCAGGCCUCUCUUCCCUGACUGGCAUGCUGGCCACCUUCAGGCCUCUCUUCCCUGACUGGCAUGCUGGCCACCUUCAGGCCUCUCUUCCCUGACUGGCAUGCUGGCCACCUUCAGGCCUCUCUUCCCUGACUGGCAUGCUGGCCACCUUCAGGCCUCUCUUCCCUGACUGGCAUGCUGGCCACCUUCAGGCCUCUCUUCCCUGACUGGCAUGCUGGCCACCUUCAGGCCUCUCUUCCCUGACUGGCAUGCUGGCCACCUUCAGGCCUCUCUUCCCUGACUGGCAUGCUGGCCACCUUCAGGCCUCUCUUCCCUGACUGGCAUGCUGGCCACCUUCAGGCCUCUCUUCCCUGACUGGCAUGCUGGCCACCUUCAGGCCUCUCUUCCCUGACUGGCAUGCUGGCUUCCACCACCUUUUGUUUUUUUGGUCUGUUUUCACCAUACAGCACUCUCUCCACUCAUCCACAUGCUGCAUACACUACUGAUUCUACAGACAUCCACAGUUUAUGUUACAUUUUUGUAUUUAGUUUAAUACAUUUAUUCCUUUUUACAUUUAAGUCAUACGUGGUCUCCCUUUGUUGUUAUGAACUAUGAGCCAGAUCGUAACAACAGUGUUUACCCUACAGCAGGGUUCUCCAGCUGGUGGCCCACAGGUCAUUUUAUUUGGCCCCCAAGUUUUCUGAGCAAAAACUUUAACUUAUUUUUAUUUUUCAUAAAGUACUGUAAAAACACCAGCAAAUCAGCUCCAAGUGAUUUUAAUUUUGGAAAUCUCUUCCAAAGUUUUCCCACACAAUAGAGAGAUAUACUGUAUGUUAUCGUAUACAAACGUAAGCAAGGUUUGAAUUGCUUAUGUUUUAGUCAAAUGUUAUAUCUGUUUGGGCUUCUUGCGGUCAAUUUGCAGUCUACAAAUAAUUUGUAAUUAUGUUACGGCCCCCUGACCAUCCGUUCAAGAACAAAUCGUCCCGUGGCUGAAUCUAGUUGAUGAUCCCUGCCCUACAGUAUGUGCCCCAAUUUCACAACAAAGGCUUUUUGGAGUAUGGAGUAUAAUCAUAAGUGUCAUAAAUAUUGCACCAGCCAUGUUCCCUGUUACGAGAACCUGGGGCAUUUGUGCAAGUACUAUAAAUACAAAUCUAUCAAGUCAGCCGGUUCAGCGUGUUACGUAUCAUGUUAUGUUCAGGGAUGUGAUUGUUACUGUGCGAAGGGCAGUGGCUUCUACAGUGGCUGUGUAUUUCCCCAUGCGUUCAGGCAGUUGCCCCUCACUUGAAUAAUUUCCCUAGAGGUGUGUGUAACCCAAGCUGGCCCUCAUAUAGAAGCAGGAAAACUAUCAAACAAACUGGGUCAAGCCUGUAAGUAGGACUAGAAGUAUUCUUAGUAGUGUUGCAUUUCAGAGGGGGAGAAAGAUCCAAACUAUUCAAGUAAAACCAGUUGUACUUGUUUCAACUGUGAAAUGUACACGUUAUUUUGUCUCCUGCGAUUCCAAAAUUCUAAAUGAUCAAUCAAUCACUAAUAAUGCUGGUAGUGCUGUUGUAGCUACCAUUUGCAAUGCAUGUGUUCAUCCAUGUCAUAAAGCACUGGAAUCAUCUUGGCUAUAUAAUUUGUAAGUCGCUCUGGACAAGAGCGUCUGCUAAAUGACGUAAAUGUAAUGUAAAUGUAAAUAUACUCCUGCAACUGUUGCUGUUGUCUAGGCUGCAUCUGUUGCUCAAUACAUCAAUGUAGCCAUGUAAUCUCUCCAGCAUCCUGAAAACACUAUACAUAUAGAUAUGUUUCUGAGUAUCUGGGUCACUAAAUAUACCUGGCAUGUACCCACUUCCAAGCACUACCCAAAAUAAUUCCCAGCACUCCCUCCUGUACUUUUUGGCAAUAUAUGAAGGUAAGCGAGACAGAACGAUAGAAAGAGAUUUCUGAUUACACCUGGUAUGUGACAAAGUGCAGGGAGGGCUCGGCCUCCGGAGUAUGUGUGUGUGAGUGUGUGUGCAUGUAUACUGUGGGAGCCAAACUCAGGUUUCAAGACUCAGUCAGUGUGCAGUGUCAUCUCAAUAACCUGAGUAAUGCUUCUGUAAUUAUAGGGUGAUGUACUGCAGAGGCUCUCUUUGCAAUGCUGUGUCAAAUGGGUAUACACUACAUUGAAGCAUCUUAGUCUUAUUUUGCCUCCACAGGUGAAGACACAUCUGCAGGCCCAGACAGUUGAGGCCAUCGCAGUGGGUCACCAGCACAACCAUCAGGUGAGGGGUGUGUGCAUCUGUGUGUGUGCAUGUGUAUGUGUGUGUGGAUGCAGGACAUCUGUUCCCUGUGUUCAAGAUCUGCCAAUACAUUUUUAAUGAUUUCUCUGAUAUUUCAACAAUCCUGUCGUUCAGGCUCAACAUCCAGCUUUCAUGUUGCUGUUCAGGUUUUGAUGCUGUUUCACUGUCAUUUUUUCCAAUCCCACUCUAUCAUUUCGGCUCACACAGAAUAGCUGACCAUAUCGAGUGUGGUCAGGAGUGUUGUGUUAGUGUAAACGUGCUUAUAAAAGAGUGAAUACACGGCCCCAAAUGUGUUUUAGAGCUCCUUGCCAACCCCAGAGACACAUUUCACAACCACCAGCCAAUCAGCGACAGACAAACAGAGGUGCGGAGGGGUGUCAACAAGAGAAUGACACACAACCUUUGUGACUGAUACUCUACUCACAAUGAUAAAGACAAGCACUGAGAUGUAAUCUUGGUACUCCUCUCACACACUUACAAUGAAUCAGCGUUUCCCAAACUCGGUCCUCGGGACCCCAAGAGGUGCAAGUUUUGGUUUUUGCCCUAGCACUACACAGCUGAUUCAAAUGACCAAAGCUUGAUGACAGUUGAUUAUUUGAAUCAGCUCUGUAGUGUUAGGGCAAAAACCAAAACGUGCACCCCCUGGGGUCCCGAGGACCGAGUUUGGGAAACCCUGCAGUAAAGCUCAAGGCAAUGUAUAGAUCUAAGUUAUGCAGGUUUUCUACAGUGAAGUCAACUGGCACAAUAUCCCUUUGUGUGUGCCAUAGGCUGAAGCAAUCCAAUACCCUGACACACUGCCAUUUGUCCACAAGUGAUGUAAGUGCAGAGUUCAUAAUUUAAUAGUAGAAAAAUGUCCAUACUUCAGAGAGGGAUUUCCAUAAGAAAACACUUUCACAUUCAACAGCAAGAAGCACUAGGCUAUGUAUGGUAGCCUACACUUGUGGCUCAAUACUUCCAACUUUUCUCCCUCAUAAAAUGUAUCCAUCUUCUUCUGAAUUUGCUUUACAAGCCAGUUGCCUCUACCUGCAGUUUGCUAGCGCAUACCUCGUAGUAAAAAGAAGUAAAGCCCUUUAACUGAUGGAUGACCCCUUUUCCCUCUGUCUUUCUUUACCUCCCUAAGGGGUUGUCGAGUGCCUUUGCCAAUAUCUACCGGCGGGAGGGCGUGGUGGGUCUGUGGAGGGGUGUGAACGGUGCUGUGCCUCGAGUCAUGGUGGGAUCAGCCGCCCAAUUGGCCACCUUCAGCUCCGCCAAGGAAUGGGUGGCACGCCUGCAGGUAACCAUAGAAACUAUGUGGCGGGAGGGCGUGGUGGGUCUGUGGAGGGGUGUGAACGGUGCUGUGCCUCGAGUCAUGGUGGGAUCAGCCGCCCAAUUGGCCACCUUCAGCUCCGCCAAGGAAUGGGUGGCACGCCUGCAGGUAACCAUAGAAACUAUGUAUCGCACUCACAGACUGUGUUGCUUAUUGCGUUACAAGCCAGGUGUCACACGUGCAGAUGACAAUUAUAGUACAGUACCAGCAGAUAAGGAUGGUGUGUAUAGAAAAAGGCUGUCUGUUAUUGUCAUGCGAAAUACUGCUGGUCUCACAGUAACUGACCGUCAAUUAACAUAAACACGUUUAGCAUCUCUGUCACGAUCGUCAUGGAGAGACCAAGGCGCAGCGUUGCGGGUGAACAUAUUAUAUUUAUUAAAUGAUCACACGAUCAAAACAACAAACGAAAAACGUGACGUCUAUGGUUAAACACACACCAACACGAACAAGAAACCACAAACACAACGUGAAAGACAGACAGUUAAAUAUGGCUCCCAAUCAGAGACACCCAGCUGACACUCGUUGCCUCUGAUUGGGAGUCACUCAGACCAACAUAGAAAAUCAAACAUAGAAUUACACACCCUGGCUCAACAUAACAUUGUCCCCAGAGCCAGGGCGUGACAGUACCCCCCCCUAAAGGCGCGGACUCCGACCGCGCCAACUAAAUCCCACAGGGGAGGGACCGGGUGGGCACUCCGCCUAGGCGGCGGAUCCGGCUCCGGACAUGACCCAGGCACGGGUUGUGCUGGACUGAUGACGCGCACCCCUGGCUUGGUGCGUGGAGGAGGAACGGGCCUUACCAGGCUGACGACGCACACCGUAGGCUUGGUGCGUGGAGCAGGGACAGGCCGGACUGGGCUGACGAAGCACACCACUGACUUGGUGCGGGGAGCAGGAACGGGCCGAGCCGGGCUGACGAAGCGCACCACUGCCUUGGCGUGGGGAGCAGGAAUGGACCGGACCGGGCUGACGAAGCGCACCCCUGACUUGGUGCGGGGAGCAGGAAUGGGCCGGACCGGGCUGACGACGCGCACCACUGACUUGGUGCGGGGAGUAGGAAUGGGCCGGACCGGGCUGACAACGCGCACCACUGACUUGGUGCGGGGAGCAGGAACGGGCCAGACCGGGCUGACGACGCGCACCACUGACUUGGGGCGGGGAGCAGGAACGAGCCGCGCCGGGCUGACGAAACGCACCACUGACUUGGUGGGAGUGGCAGGAACAGGCCGGACCGUACUGGGAACACACACCACUGGCCCUACUUGAGGAUCAGGAACAGGCCGGACCGGACUGGCAACACACGCCAGUACCUCUCGCCGUGCCUCUACAACCUCCUUCCCCCUGGUGACCAGUGACUCCCGUAACCUGGCGGCCUCCUCUGCCAACCCGCUGGACCGCUCUAUCGCGGCCUCCUGCUGCCCCGACGUCGUGAGCCCCCCCCUAAAAAUUUUCUGGGGGUCUCUCCUCCCCGUGGGCCAGGCCUCCAUCGUUCUCGCCCAACUCUCGCUCCUCUGUCUCCAACUCUCGCCAUUCAGCUCCUCAAUGGGCUUGACCCAGUCGAAGCUCCUCCUCAACUGGUCCCAAGUCCACCCUCUCUGCUCCUCAUUAGGCUUGACCCAGUCGAGGCUGCCACAGAGAUCUGCCAGUGAUGGCUCCUGGACACGCUGCUUGGUCUGGUUUAGGUGGUUUCUUCUGUCACGAUCGUCAUGGAGAGACCAAGGCGCAGCGUUGCGGGUGAACAUAUUAUAUUUAUUAAAUGAUCACACGAUCAAAACAACAAACGAAAAACGUGACGUCUAUGGUUAAACCAACACGAACAAGAAACCACAAACACAACGUGAAAGACAGACUGUUAAAUAUGGCUCCCAAUCAGAGACACCCAGCUGACACUCGUUGCCUCUGAUUGGGAGUCACUCAGACCAACAUAGAAAAUCAAACAUAGAAUUACACACCCUGGCUCAACAUAACAUUGUCCCCAGAGCCAGGGCGUGACAAUCUCCUGGCCUCCACGCACACAAGCUGCAAACAAGCAGCUGAUGCGCGCCUUUGGAACAUCUACAUUGAAAAAAGUAGGCCUAUAAUAAAUCAAUUUAAUAUACACCAUCACAAUAAAUCCAUUAUUUAUUUUAGGCAGGUCUAAAGAAACAUUAUGAUAUGAAGAAAAUGUAUUUCCGAAAAACAGAAUAUAAGUUGGCCUACUGUAUGUUAUCUGGCUAUGCUCCAUGCCAUAGGCUGUAGGCUUGUUCAUUUAGCAGACAAUGUAGGUUUAUAAGCCCCGUGCCAUUAUUUGAUAUGAUAUGAUUUUAUAGUAAGAAGAAUGUAAUUGAACUUAGCUGAAUAAAAUAGAAAGGAUAUUUUUUCCCAUUCCGAAGCGAGUGGGUAUGAAGUGGCUAUGUUAAGCGUAAAAGUGAUCAUUUGAAACAGGUCCUAUACGCUAGAUUUAGAGUUAUUUGGCAACUUUAGUUUUGAAUGAUACAAACCUUAGAAUGUCUUAGAUAUAAAAACAUAUAUAGGCUGCAUGAUGCGACUAUAGGCUAUUGAUGAUUUGAGAAAGCCGCAAAAAAAGAUUGCACCCUGUUCCUUGCCUCACGCUGCACAGCUGUUCUCUCAUCAAGCGAUCAUAUUUUCAAUUUAAUUUUGUCUUUACUAAUAUGUAAAAUUAGUUUCGAUUUAGAAUGGCCCAUUAUUAAAUGGCCAGGAACAUGGGCAGUGGAAAAAAGACAUGUCAUCUGUAUGCACUGGGAUAGCGAAUGGAGGCCGCGCGCUUUUCCGCCGGGCCGUUUUUCAGUGAUGCCUGGUAGGCUACUUCGGUUUUAUAGUGGAGGUGUGCUUAAUAUGAGCAGCUGAGAAAUAAAUAUAAGAACACUUAUUUCACUCCACUCAUCAACCACUGUUUGAGGAGCAUGCUCUCGCUGCGUGACAGGUGAUAUUCAGCCCAAACUCUGUAUGCCAUGGAAUCACCAACCCUGUUCCUGCAGCUACCAAGUGCUUAAUUUGGGAAACCAAGUGAAAUCUAUUCCGGAACGUUGAUAGUAGGCGAACAUGUUUUCACACCGAAACAUAUUUCACUAAACUGGAAUAAUGGAGAAAGACUAGCGGAUGGAAACGCAUGGUGGUGAAAUAUUCUCUAUAGCUAAAGGUAAUGUGCCACCCAAUUAAUUAUGAAAAUAUAAAAAAUGCCCUAAUUACUAGGCUAUUCAAAAUCAAAUAGAAAUGGAUUAUAAUUAUAGGCUAACUGUAAGCCGCCCUGCACAAUCAAUGAACCAACAGCUCGCAUCCGUUACAAGACCAUGGUGCUUGCCUAUGGAGCAGUGAGGGGAACGGCACCUCUGUACCUUCGGGCUCUGAUCAGUCCCUACACCCAAACGAGGGCAUUGCGUUCAUCCACCUCUGGCCUGCUGGCUCCCCUUCCUCUGCGGAAGCAUAGUUCCCGCUCAGCCCAGUCAAAACUGUUCGCUGCUCUGGCACCCCAAUGGUGGAACAAGCUCCCUCACGACGCCAGGACAGCGGAGUCACUCACCACCUUCCGGAGACAUUUGAAACCCCACCUCUUUAAGGAAUACCUGGGAUAGGAUAAAGUAAUCCUUCUACUCCCCCCCCCCCCAAAAAAAAAAAAAAAAUGUAAAGUGGUUAUCCCACUGGCUAUAGGGUGAAUGCACCAAUUUGUGAGUCGCUCUGGAUAAGAGCGUCUGCUAAAUGACGUAAAUGUGCCCUUGAGCAAGGCACUUAACCCUAAUUGCUCCUGUAAGUCGCUCUGGAUAAGAGCGUCUGCUAAAUGACUAAAAUGUAAAAUGUAAAUGUCAUCGCCUAGGGCUAUAUGUUCUCUCUCAGACACAUGGAUAUACAUUUUUGAGUGUAGCAUAAGGUAACCAGUCCAUCCAGUAUGGAUAAUAAUACAGUCCACACUCAAAGGUGAUUACUCGAAUUUGUUUAAUUUUGGAGUACAGUGCAUUCGGAAAGUAUUCAGACCCCUUCACUUUUGCCACAUUUUGUCACUUACAGCCUUAUUCUAAAAUUGAUUAAAUAAAUAAAAAUCCUCAUCAAUCUGCACAUAAUACCCCAUAGUGACAAAGCAAAAAAGGUUUUUAGAAAUGUUUGCAAAUGUAUACAAAAUUAAAAACAGAAAUACCUUAUUUACAUAAGUAUUCAUACCCUUUGCUAUGAGACUCGAAAUUUAGCUCAGGUGCAUCCUGUUUCCAUUGAUCAUCCUUGAGAUGUAUGUACAGUGUGAUUGGAGUCCACGUGUGGUAAAUUAAAUUGAUUGGACUUGAUUUGGAAAGGCACACACCUGCCUAUAUAAGGUCCCACAAUUGACAGUGCAUGUCAGAGCAAAAACCAACCCAUGAGGUCGAAGGAAUUGUCCAUAGAGCUCAGAGACAGGAUUGUGUCGAGGCACAGAUCUGGGGAAGGGUACCAAAACAUUUCUGCAGCAUUGAAGAUCCCCAAGAACACAGUGGCCUCCAUCAUUCUUAAAUGGAAGAAGUUUGGAACCACCAAGACUCUCCCUAGAGCUGGCUGCCUGCCAAACUGAGCAAUCGGGGGAGAAGGGCCUUGGUCAGGGAGGUGACCAAGAACCCAAUGGUCACUCUGACAGAGCUCCAGUGUUCCUCUGUGGAGAUGGGAGAAUCUUCCAGAAGGACAACCAUCUCUGCAGCACUCCACUAAUCAGGCCUUUAUGGUAGAGUGGCCAGACGGAAGCUACUCCUCAGUAAAAGGCACAUGACAGCCCGCUCGGAGUUUGCCAAAAGGCACCUAAAGGACUCUCAGACCAUGAGAAACAAGAUUCUCUGGUCUGAUGAAACCAAGAUUGAACUCUUUGGCCUGAAUGCCAAGCGUCACGUCUGGAGGAAACCUGGCACCAUCCCUACGGUAAAGCAUGGUGGUGGUAGCAUCAUGCUGUGGGGAUGUUUUUCAGCGGCAGGGACUGAGAGACUAGUCAGAAUCGAGAGAAAGAUGAACGGCGCAAAGUACAGAGAUCCUUGAUGAAAACCUGCUCCGGAGCGCUCAGGACCUCAGACUGGGGCGAAGGUUCACCUUCCAACAGGAAGGCACAGCCAAGACAACGCAGGAGUGGCUUCAGGACAAAUCUCUGAAUGUCCUUGAGUGGCCCAGCCAGAGCCCGGACUUGAACCCGAUCGAACAUCUCUGGAGAGACCUGAAAAUUGCUGUGCAGCGACGCUCCCCAUCCAACCUGACAGAGCUUGAUAGGAUCUGCAGAGAAGAAUGGGAGAAACUCCCCAAGGUGUGCCAAGCUUGUAGUGUCAUACCCAAGAAGACUCAAGGCUGUAAUCGCUGCCAAAGGUGCUUCAACAAAGUACUGAGUAAAGGGUCUGAAUACUUAUGUAAAUGUCAUAUUUAUGUUUUUUGCUUUGUCAUUAUGGGGUAUUGUGCGUAGAUUGAUGAGGGGGAAAAACUAUUUAAUCAAUUUUUGAAUGAGGCUGUAACAUAACCAAAUGUGGAAAAAGUCAAGGGGUCUGAAUACUUCUGAAUGCACUGUAUAGGCUAGACAAAUUAUGUACCAAAGACAUCUUAAAUCAGUUGUUUUUUAUGCGUAAUAUGCUGUAGUAUAUGUAUUGUAAAAGGCUCAUAUGGGUGUUUUGAAUGAAUCAUCACCUUAGAAAGCUCUGUCCAUUUCGUUGUGUUAGGCUUUGAAACAACAUCCACUACGACCAUGUUAUACACUGAGUUUCAAUCUGCUGUUUAACAUUUUUCAUCACAGUGAGGUGAGUUUUAAAAGCAGGAUACUGUUUUGAUGAUAAGUGUUUGAUAUGAUUUUCGAUUGCAUGUGCAUUGAUGUCAGAGUGUUUAGAGGGACAAUAGAUCCCUGAAUACCAGGCCAUUAGUGACCUGAUGGUCAUUAGCAAGUUGGGUACUACCAAAGCAUUUCCAGAGUGCUUAAAAGGAGAUUACCGUGACUCAGUCAUGACUCAUGACUGCUGGUGUGGCGGUAAUACAGGGACCAGCUCUAAUAUAGAACGAUUGAUCUGACUUGAUUGUUUUUUUACAAGGUACAUAUGAUACAAGAAGCCAAAAAGAUAUUAAUAAUCUGGCACCUCUACAGUUAGUUGAUUUCUCUCUCUGUGUCCUUGUAGUGGUACAGUCCAAACAGCUGGCUGGUUGCCUUGACAGCUGCCUGUAUCAGUGGAGUUGUGGUGGCGAUCACCAUGACGCCGUUUGAUGUUAUCAGCACCCGCCUCUACAACCAGCCAGUGGAUGAGCGUCAUAGGGUGAGCCUUUUUUCAUUAUCUCGUUUUCCUUCCUCUUAGCUGUUCAACUCAAAUAUAUAUAAAUAUCUAUACUGUAACUAUCUUUAGCUGUUGAACUCACAGUUUUAUUCUCUGCCUCUCUUGCCUGUCUGUUAGGGUCGUCUGUACCUGGGCUUCUCAGACUGUCUGGUGAAGGUGUGCCGGACCGAGGGUCUGCUGGGGCUGUAUAAAGGCAUGGGCCCUGUAUUCUUCCGCCUGUGCCCUCACACUGUUCUCAGCAUGCUCUUCUGGGACCUGAUGAGACAACGGGCCUUUCAGGACGUCCAGAACCAGAGCUGUAGAGAAGAGGAUAUUCAGCCAAUCCUGGAUGACAAUGGAAGUUGAAUUAAAAAAGACUUCUUCAUUACGUUUCGACCUGUUGCCUUCGUCAGAGCCGGAGCUGAGACAUAAGGCCUCAUACUGUACAUGGACAGAGUUGAGGUGUAAUAAUUGACAGGUCCAUUGGUGGAGAGAAGGAGAGACGAUGAGGAGUAGACGCUCUUGAUUCCACAGAAUAUACUUGUGCUCACUCAGUGGUUGACAGGAAGGAUACAUAAUAGCUUGACAUAUAUCACUUGACUUGACUUAAACAACUUGAUCCAUCUCCGGUUUAUUUUAUAGACACUUCAAGUUGCUGGACGGUGAUGUUGAAGGAGGAUAUGGAAGAUGAGGCUCACUCCAUGCCUAAGCCUUAAAGGGGCAA